CGUAGCUGAUUUAAAAGAAUAUAAUGCAGCUCUUGAACUUAGUCGUAUCUGGAUUAAUAAUCGCUGGCUAACUAUAGCACUUUUUUUAUCAGGUAACCGUUUAACAUAUUGUAGUAAAUAUUGGAAAAUUGAACACCUACAUGAAAAUUGUAAAAUGAGCUAUCAACAAUGUCGAAUCUGUCUAGAAGAAGUAUCUAAAAAGGAAGUGCUCAUCUGUAUAAAUGUAUCCAAAUGUGCCCAAUGUGAAGGUGAACAUCACUAUCUACACGGCCAAUGUCAUGUCAUACAACAAUAUCGUGCUGAUCUAAAAGAAGAUGUUACUAAAGCCUUGAAAUCCGGAAAACUACGUCGACACGAAAGUAUUACUCGACAACCGACUUUUAGUAUGAAACAGAGAUGCCGGAUCGGUAAGGUUACCAUUGGAGCCCAUCGGUUGGGCCACCCAUGGAUGAACCCUUACCCAAACCAGUGGGCUGAGCAGGCGAGUUAA